AGUCGGCGCGGUUAGUAUGAACGCCAUCGUCGACAUGCACAGACAUUGCUUGUUUAAAAUGAUGAAUCAAGAGAAAUUAAUUGAAUUAGUUCGGGAAUAUACAUUUCUUUAUGAUUUAAGUGAUCGCAGGUACAGUGACAAUCAACGAAAAGAUGACGCGUGGAAAGAAAUAGCAAAAAAACUUCAAGUAAGAGAUUGCGACUGCAAGAAAACAUGGGCUUUACUACGCGAUGCAUUCCGACGUGCCAUAAAAAAGCGAAAAGAAACUAAAAGUGGACAAGCUAGUGUAUCUAGGAAAAAAUGGAAAUAUGAAGACGAGAUGUCUUUUCUGUUGCCGUAUUUCAAGGAAAGACCCACUAUUGGCAAUGUUCCAGCUAACCAUACAGACAAAAAUAGUGAUGCUGAAGAAAAUUGUUCUGAUGAAGAUAAUCAAGCAAGGUCAUCUUCUCCUGAAGCUAUAAUAGCACACUCCAUUUCACCUCCAAAACGGCCAAAUAUUACCGAAGCAACUGUGACCCAGCCAUCUACCUCUAAAAAGAAGCAUUCAAUUUCAGGACCUUCACAAAACUGUGCGCCAGUGCAAAACAGGACUAAAAUUCGCAAAANACACAAACAGUUGGAUCUGGAUUUGAAGAAUUGCGACAAGGAAAACAUUCAAGACUGGUUUGAGUGUGAUGUCGAUGACCCUGGCUAUCAGGUAUUGUGGGACGAUGAAAUCAUUGUCAGUGUCACCAACAACCAAGACCCUUGCGACGAUGAGGAAGAGCCUAACGACAAUGACUGUGCUGAAAACGGAUCAUCCAGUGAGGAAGCUUUUCACUGCCUUGAGAUGGCUAUGAAGUGGUUAGAACAGCAAGAAGAAUGUGAUGCUAUCCAAUUGCUGUCUUUAAAAUGUGUGCGAGAUUUAGAGGCAAAAAAAUGA